AUCUCAGCAAAGUCCACUGACUCACCAUCUCUGAUGCCCCCACUACGACAGUGGUUAUGUCAUUCACCCACGUGCUAACCUAACCUUUCCCCUAGUUUGACAGUCCGCAAUGCGUUGUAGAUAGACGCUUCCUUGACAAAACACAUUCAGAAGUUAAGCCUACCAAAAUAACAGCAGCUCAUCUGGAGGUCCCGGUUCGAGGAUGUGGACGACCACUAUAGCACGAUGCACCCUGCCGAGCAUGCGCAAGCGAAUCUCCGUCUUGGCCUGCCAUGCCUUGAGGGCUGAGGGUAGGCCUAGAUGGGCAGUUGCCACAGCUGCCAUCUCUCCAUCUCCUUCUCUUCACCUGACCUGGAGGCAGCUCCGUGGGUAUGGGACCCAGGCACCCGCCCCGCUCCCCUCCACUGCUCUGGGGGAUAGCCCUGGGGUGAGGCAGGUCCGUGCCCUGGAGCAGGAAAGGCAACUGGAGGUGGAGUGGGAGGACAGCGGGCAAAGCCUGUACCCGUACACAUGGCUGAGGGACAACUGUCAAUGCCCGCUGUGUACCCUGCAGUCAGCCCAGGCCCGCAGCCUGCUGCUUUCCCAACUGGACAUCCACACUGGGGUCGACCGGGUCCAAGUCACUGACAACAACAAGGUGUCCAUAGUGUGGCCGGACCAGCACACCAGCGAGUUUGACACAGAAUGGCUGAGGAAACGUUGCUUCUCUCCUGCUGCCAGACAAGCCCUACAAGAGGAGCUCUUCCUCAACGAGCGUAUGUACUGGGACUCAGAGCUACGGAUCCCCACGGCCAACUUCGAGGAGGUCCUCCACGAUGACAAGGCCGCCCUGGCCUGGCUGCUGGCUCUACGCCGCGUGGGCAUCGUCUACCUGAAGGGGGCGCCGGUGGAGCAGGGUCAGGUGGCCCGCCUCAGCCAGAGGAUCGGAUACCUAAGACUGACGUUCUAUGGGCACACAUGGCAGGUGCAGGACAAAUCCCAGGCUAACAACGUGGCCUACACCGCUGGCAAACUCAGUCUCCACACUGACUAUCCAGCACUGCAUAAUCCACCUGGAGUGCAGUUCCUGCAUUGCCUGAGCCAGGCUGGCGAGGGUGGGGAGAGUGAAGUGGUGGACGGCUUCCACAUGGCAGAUCAACUGAGAAGAGAAGACCCCGAGGCUUUCAGGACCCUCACCUCCCUGCGGGUGGACUUUACCGACACAGGGUCCGACUACUGUGACUUCAUGGUGCAGUCCAAGAACCACAUCAUAGAUGUUGACAGUGAUGGGCGGGUGGUCCGGAUCAACUACAACAAUGCCACCAGGGAUUCUGUGCUGGACCUCCCCCUGCACCAGGUCCAGGCCUUCUACAGCUCCCUCAAGGCCUACGUCCAGCUGAUGACGCGACCAGAAAACAUGCUCACCUACAAGAUGGAGCCUGGUUAGUGUGCGACCUGGUCACCUUUGACAACUGGCGCCUGCUCCAUGGGCGGAAGAGCUAUCUGAGCCAGCCAGACCGGGUAAGACACCUGGAGGGAGCCUACCUGGACUGGGACGAAGUCAUGUCUCGCCUGCGGAUACUCUGCAAGUCUGUCCACGGAGAGAGCUAGACCCACCAAGCCCCCAGAGCGAAGCCUCCUCCAACUAUUUAGAACAGCAUCGAUCUACAGCAGGGCUCUCCAACCCUGUUCCUGGAGAGUUACUGUACUGUCCUGUAGGUUUUCACUCCAACCCUAAUCUAGUGCACCUGAUUCUAAUAAUUAGCUGGGGUUGGAGUGAAAACCUACAGGGGGGUAUCUCUCCAGGAACAGGGUUGGAGAGCCCUGAUCUACAGGAUUUAUGAGCGGGGAAAAGAGGCAGAUGGCUAAUUGUCUAGCAGGCUACGGUUACCCCUGUGUGGGUCAAGAUGGCUGCCAGUCUUUUGAACAGAGUGACAAGUGGGCAAAGUGCAAGAAGAUGGGGAAAAAUUUGAGGGAAAAGGGUUUAGCACUUCCAUAAAUGAUAAACACUCCCCUUCAUAAGUGCUAACAGAGGCAUAGAAACUGUAUAUGAGUAGCAUACCUAUGAAAAAUCUGUCAUUUACUGUAUGAAGCAGGUAGACUAUAAUGCCUUUGUUCCUAGGGUUGUGAAAGCGAAAAUAUUUUCGCUAUCUUUCACUUUGCUCUAAUCUAUUUUUCUAUCGGCCUGUGUUCUGCUGGUCAACAUUUGGUAGCACUUUACUACAUCUGCUUCUCAGUGUCUUAAGGGUGUCACAUCAACAAGAGGUGAUGAAGUUUGUGACAUUUUCUACCUCUGUCACAAUAUAAUAUUGUGUCUAGUUCAGUUUCAGCCAUCUAACCUUAAGAAAAAAAGUGUAUAGCACUAGUAUCAGUCCCCCAAAUCAAUACUUUCUUAAUAACUCUCUAUUCGUAAAAUGUAUGCACAUGCAAGUUUGGAUAAAAGCAUCUGCUAAGGGAUUAAUCAACAUUUACAGAAUGGUUACCUGGAGGAAAUUAUGGGAGGGUCAUGCUUUUUCAAUUUCAGUCAAGGGGAGGGUUCAGUAUUUUUUUUGUAAUCUAGUCCAGGAGAGGAUCAUGUAAUUGAUGAAAUGUCAAUAUUUAUCAAUGUUUUCGAAUUAGUUGCUUAUUAGGCAAUAUAUCGAUAUGCUCCUCAUCUCUGAUUCUCCUGGGUGCGGAAUAUCAAGUGGCAUAUAGACUAUUAAGUGUGGUCUCAAUCAAAUGAUCCAUAACCUAUAGGCUACGAAGUGCAUGCUCGGAGAAGCACAGAGCAAAGUUAUAUUUCUAAGAUAGCUGCUGAUGGUGUAAAUACAACUAAGCUGCAUGACACACUGCAAUGGAUAUUCCAAACCGGAGUCCCGGCCUGCUCUGCUCUUGCUGCCUAACCAAUGGAUGUGCUGUGUAGGCCUACAGUGGCAGUUCAGGAGGAGAGUCAAAGGCUUCUACAAAUGUUUUUAUUUAUUAGGCCUAGUUAAAAAAAAAAACCUUGCUCAUGGACUAGCCUAUGUUCUGUUCAGUUUGAGAAGGAGAGCGCGACGAUGAGGACCCGAGGUCAACUGAUAGCUUGCUACUAAUAUACCGGUAAUUGAUUUAAUUAAAAACAAUGUUUCUUGACCAUUUAUGUAUUUAUCAGAGUUAUUGACCUCACAAGAAUCCAGAUUGGAGUAAUUUACAUUGUGUUGCUGAAACUUGACAGCUGGAUGGACAGCUCAUGUUGCUGAAAGUAGGCAUAAUUAAUUUCAGCAGUCUUCAUUUGAAUGAGACUUUCCUAACAACAAGAGGGCUUUGUGUUGGAAACUAUUUCUUCCUGUUUAAGAAAUAAGAGGUGGGCCUACCUGUUUGACAGAUGAAAUUAGGCUAUAGAAUGCUAUAGCCAUAGAUGUGUCGCUCAAUUCCUCUAGUCAGUCUUUAAAUAGCCUACCUCCAUGUCACUGAAGGGCUGUUAAAUUCAAACCAAGACUCGAAUUGAGGGGGUACGAAAGGGGAUGCCAUUGACCAACGUUUUAUUAAAGAAAAUGGCAAAAAGCACAGACCUACCUCUUGUUUGCUUAAGAUAUGGAAGAAAAUAAAACUGAUUUGAUUAUAUAAAGUGAUCUAACGCAGUGCCUUGACCUGCGAUGCUUUAUGCUAAAAACAAGCUUAAAGCAAGGUAUAAAAUACCCGGGAAAGACGUUACUUAAUGCAUAUGGGAAUAUCAUCGUUUCAUUUCUUGGACAUUCAGAGGCUGAGAUUAAACCUUCUAUAGCCGAGAAGACAUAAAAUAACUUUGCUUGGGAAGAAAUCUAAUUCUGUCACUAUAAAUUCAUUAAGCUAUUCACUUUCUGUAGGCUAAGAUAUGUUUAAACCUAGACAGCUUGUAGGGAAACACUUUAGGAAGUACCAUGUUUAGAUUCCUAAUGGACGUCUCAGAUUGAAUUAUUUGCAAACAAGACACUGAUUUGGCAUUGGAUAAAAUGUUUAUAAUGUCAUUUCGGUCAUUUGUGUGGUAUUCAAAAAUAUUGAUAUGUGAAAUGACGUAGAAUUUAAUGACAUUUUUAUAAAAGGCUUUUUUAAACCUGCAAAUACGAUGAUCGAUUAAUGCAAUGCUUUUACUAUAAAGGAGAUAGUAACCUAGGGGUGGAACCCUUUUCUGUGGUGGUCUGAAAACCUACAAGCUUCUGGCCGGCAGCCCAGUGCGAUAUCAAAAUUCCGGCGUUGCCAUGUAAUGCAGUUUCUAAAACUGCAUAUCUAAGGUUCAGGGACAAUAUAUUUUGCUGAAGGGAGGGCCCUCCAUUUUCAUUUCAAAGAUGCUUGAUUUUCUCCAUGUAACCCUUAUUAUAAAUAACAUUUACUCCCUAAAUGGCAUAUAUUAUUUACAUUGUUUUGUCAAUGAAUAGAUCUGCCAUUUGUCUUCAAUGGAGGACAACUUGUCCUCUACAGUACAUGUGCAUGUUGAAAGCCACAAAUAUUGUGCAACUUGUCAUUGUUCCAGUAGCAACAAAUAUUUGUUAUUGUUCGGUUACAAUCAUAGGUGUCAAUUGUCUAUUCUAUAUGUAGUUCAUGCUAACAGUGCUCAUUGUAAUAAUUUGUGGUGAAGUGUUCAUUUAAAAAAAAGGGUAUUGCAUUAAAUCUUCAUAAAUGUUACUCUAGAUUUCAUUCUUGAUAUGUUUUCCAAAUAUAUGUAUGCACACUGGAUGUGUUCAUCCAAACUGCGACAUAAUAAUGACUUGAGACAAAAAAAAUGUUUACCUCGUCUUCAAACUGUUUUGAGACACUCCUCAUCCAGUUACUCAUAUUUACACCAGUGUUUUUAUUGUCAAUAAUGAAAUGCCUUAAAUAACUGCCUCAUGGAAUUUGUAACUAUGUUCCUUUAUACAAGCAUUUCCCUCUCUAAAAAAUAAAAGCCACUUAAACAUGAAACAA